GCUAGGGUCUGGAUAGGAGUUACACAGACCGGACCCUAACUUGUAUGAGUGGUGUCUGAGGAAGGAAAAAGAGAAAGGAUUCCCCUUGCCUCAAAGAGUCUACAUGUCUAAUAUUUAGACAUGUUCAGCUUUGUGGAUAUUCGGUUAGCGCUGUUGCUCAGCGCAACAGUGCUUUUGGCAAGAGGUCAGGACGGGCAAGAGAGCAUAUUCGGCAGCUGCACAUUGGACGGACAGUCGUACAACGACAAGGAUGUAUGGAAACCAGAGCCCUGUCAGAUCUGCGUGUGUGACAGCGGAACGGUUAUGUGCGACGAGGUGAUAUGCGAGGACACAUCUGACUGCGCCGACCCAAUCAUUCCUGACGGAGAGUGCUGCCCCAUCUGCCCCGACGAUGGUGUCCCAGGGCCAGAGCCUGCUGAGGGACCUAAGGGAGAUGAUGGCCCCAAGGGAGACCAGGGCCCUCCUGGUUCUCCUGGCAAUGAUGGAAUCCCCGGCCAGCCCGGCCUUCCUGGACCCCCCGGCCCCGCUGGGCCCCCAGGCCUUGGCGGAAACUACUCUCCUCAAAUGGGCUACGUUGACCAAUCCAAAUCCGGCGGUGGUUCAAUUAUUGGCCCAAUGGGUCCUAUGGGUCCCCGUGGUCUUCCCGGCCCUCAGGGCUCCCCUGGUCCUCAGGGUUUCAAUGGCCCCCCAGGUGAGCCUGGUGAGCCCGGAGCUUCUGGUCCCAUGGGUUCCCGUGGUCCUCCCGGCCCCCAUGGAAAGAACGGAGAUGAUGGUGAGCCCGGUAAGGCUGGCCGUCCUGGAGAGCGCGGAGCUGCUGGCCCUCAGGGUGCACGUGGAUUCCCCGGAACUCCUGGACUCCCCGGCAUCAAGGGACACAGAGGUUUCAGCGGUAUGGAUGGUUCCAAGGGAGAUACUGGACCUGCUGGCCCCAAGGGAGAGUCCGGUAUUUCUGGUGAGAACGGUACCCCUGGUGCCAUGGGUGCUCGUGGUCUUCCUGGUGAGAGAGGCCGCCCAGGACCUCCUGGCUCUUCUGGUGCUCGUGGUAAUGAUGGCAACAGUGGUGCUAGUGGACCCCCUGGACCCACUGGCCCUGCUGGUCCCCCUGGAUUCCCCGGUGGUGCUGGAGUUAAGGGAGAGACUGGUCCUCAGGGUGGCCGUGGACAUGAGGGACCCCAGGGAGCUCGUGGUGAGCCCGGUAACCCCGGACCUGCUGGAGCUGCCGGCGUCGCUGGUGCCCCCGGAGCUGAUGGUUCUGCUGGUGCCAAGGGUGCCACUGGCGCACCUGGUAUUGCUGGUGCCCCUGGCUUCCCCGGAUCUCGCGGUCCUGCUGGAGCCCAGGGAGGCGCCGGUGCCCCCGGCCCCAAGGGUAACAAUGGUGAGACUGGUGCCCCCGGUCCUAAGGGAGAGCCCGGUACCAAGGGAGAGCCUGGUCCCGUUGGAAUUCAGGGACUUCCCGGCUCAGCUGGAGAGGAGGGAAAGAGAGGCGGUCGUGGUGAGCCCGGUGGUGCCGGUGCCCGUGGACCCCCUGGAGAGCGUGGUGCCCCUGGUGCUCGUGGUUUCCCUGGUUCUGAUGGAGCUGCUGGUGGCAAGGGAGCCCCUGGUGAGCGUGGUACCCCCGGCCCAAUGGGACUUCAGGGAGCCACUGGUGAGGCUGGCCGCCCUGGUGAGCCUGGAAUGCCCGGAUCCAAGGGUGUGACUGGUAGCCCUGGAAGCGCUGGCCCUGACGGCAAAGUUGGACCCGCUGGUGCCCCUGGACAAGAUGGCCGUUCUGGACCUCCCGGCUCUACUGGAGCCAGAGGACAGCCCGGAGUUAUGGGAUUCCCAGGACCCAAGGGAGUCGCUGGUGAUUCUGGCAAGCCUGGUGAGAGAGGUCCCUCUGGUGCUACUGGCGCUGUUGGCGCCCCUGGAAAAGAUGGCGACAUUGGUGCUCCUGGCCCUAGUGGCCCUGCUGGACCUGCCGGAGAGAAGGGAGAGCAGGGACCUGCUGGUCCUUCUGGAUUCCAGGGUCUUCCAGGCCCCCAAGGUGCUACUGGUGAGACUGGCAAGCCUGGUGAGCAGGGUGCUCCUGGUGAGGUUGGCCCCAGCGGCCCAAGUGGAUCAAGAGGUGAUAGAGGUUUCCCUGGUGAGCGUGGUGCUACCGGCAUUACUGGCCCAAGUGGACCUCGUGGUUCUCCUGGUCCUGCUGGUAACGAUGGUCCUAAGGGAGAGCCCGGUGCUGCUGGUGUCCCUGGUGCUCAGGGUCUUGGAGGAAUGCAGGGAAUGCCUGGUGAGCGUGGUGCCUCCGGUCUGCCUGGUGUUAAGGGAGAGAGAGGUGAUGGCGGUCCCAAGGGUCUUGAUGGUGGCCCUGGGAAAGACGGUCUGCGUGGUAUGACUGGUGCUAUUGGACCCCCUGGACCUCCUGGUGGUCAGGGUGAGAAGGGCGAGGGAGGUGCUGUUGGACCUUCUGGACCCACUGGUCUUCGUGGUUCCCCUGGUGAGCGCGGAGAGUCUGGACCUCCCGGACCCGCUGGAUUCGCUGGACCCCCUGGCGCUGAUGGUCAGCCUGGUGGCAAGGGAGAGAGCGGUGACUCCGGACCCAAGGGAGAUGCUGGUCCUCCUGGCCCCACUGGACCUUUUGGCUCUGCUGGUCCCCAGGGACCUUCUGGUGCUCCUGGACCUAAAGGUGCUCGUGGUGGUGCUGGAUCUCCUGGUGCUACUGGUUUCCCUGGACCCGCUGGCAGAGUUGGACCCCCUGGCCCUGCUGGAGCUGCUGGCCCCCCCGGAGCCCUUGGACCUGCUGGCAAAGAAGGACAGAAGGGAUCUCGUGGUGAGACUGGUCCUGCUGGUCGCUCUGGUGAGGCUGGUGCUGCUGGACCCCCAGGACCUGCUGGAGAGAAGGGAUCUACUGGAUCUGACGGACCAGUUGGUGCCGCUGGUAUCUCUGGACCCCAGGGUAUUGCUGGACAGCGUGGUAUUGUAGGUCUGCCCGGACAGCGUGGAGAGCGUGGUUUCCCUGGACUUCCCGGACCCGGUGGUGAGCCUGGUAAGCAAGGAUCCUCUGGAGCUGUUGGUGAGCGUGGACCCCCUGGACCCAUGGGACCCCCUGGACUGUCUGGUGCUACUGGAGAGGCUGGUCGUGAGGGAUCUGCUGGUCAUGAUGGUGCCCCUGGUCGCGAUGGACCUUCUGGCCCCAAGGGAGACCGUGGUGAGACUGGUGUUGCUGGAGCCCCCGGAGCCCCUGGUGCUCCUGGUGUCCCCGGAACCGUUGGCCCCUCUGGCAAGACUGGUGACCGUGGAGAGACUGGUCCUGCUGGCGUUGCUGGCCCUGCCGGUCCUGCUGGCAUGCGUGGUCCUUCUGGCCCUGCUGGCGCUCGUGGAGACAAGGGAGAGGCCGGAGAGGCUGGAGAGAGAGGCCACAAGGGACACAGAGGAUUCACUGGCAUGCAGGGUCUGCCCGGACCCGCUGGACCCCCUGGAGAGAGUGGACCUGCUGGUACCAAUGGACCUGCUGGACCCAGAGGACCUUCUGGAACAAAUGGUGUCCCUGGUAAAGAUGGCAUGAAUGGUAUGCCUGGACCAAUUGGACCUCCUGGACCCCGUGGACGCAACGGAGACAUGGGACCUGCUGGUGCUCCUGGACUUCCCGGACCUCCUGGCCCACCCGGACCUGCUGGCACUGUAGUCGAUUUCGGACACUUUACUCAGGAGAAGGCCCCAGAUCCCUUCCGCGGUGGCCACUACCGCGCUGACGACCCCAACAUGGUGCGUGAUCGUGACAAUGAGGUGGACACUACCCUGAAGACCCUGACCCAGAAGAUUGAGAACAUCCGCAGCCCCGACGGUAGCCAGAAGAACCCUGCCCGCAUGUGCCGUGACCUGAGGAUGUGCCAUCCUGAGUGGAAGAGCGGUAUGUACUGGGUUGACCCCAACCAGGGCUCUGCUCUGGAUGCCAUCAAGGUGCACUGCAACAUGGAGACUGGCGAGACUUGCGUCCACCCCAGCGAGUCCAGCAUCCCCAUGAAGAACUGGUACCUCAGCAAGAACAUCAAAGAGAAGAAGCACGUCUGGUUCAGCGAGUCCAUGACCGGUGGAUCCCAGUUCCAGUAUGGCGCCGAUGGAGCUGACUCCGAGGAUGUCAGCAUCCAGAUGACCUUCAUGCGCCUGAUGUCCAACCAGGCCUCUCAGAACAUCACAUACCACUGCAAGAACAGCAUUGCCUACAUGGACUCUGCCACUGGCAACCUGAAGAAAGCCCUGCUGCUCCAGGGCUCCAACGACAUUGAGAUCAGAGCUGAGGGCAACAGCCGCUUCACAUACAGCGUCAGCGAGGAUGGCUGCACGUCACACACUGGCACAUGGGGCAAGACAGUCAUUGACUACAAGACAUCAAAAACAUCCCGCCUGCCCAUCAUUGACAUUGCUCCUAUGGAUGUUGGUGCACCUGAUCAGGAAUUCGGCGUCGAAGUUGGCCCAGUUUGCUUCUUGUAAAAAUGAAAGGAAUAUGGACAUGAAAUUGUUGUUUUUUUUUCUAGCAGUCAUCUCUAAAUCUUUUUUCUAUGCAUUCAAAACUCAUUCGGCUGCCGUUGGUCCACUCGCUUAAAACUACUCCACUGAAGACAGUUGUUUGUGUUUUUCCACUCAUGAGAAACAUUUUUUGGGACUGCUACUUCACCCGAAACCAAGAACAAGGACACUUUAAAAGAAUCUUUUGUUUCCACUGGCAACAAGAAAAUAAUAUAUACUUGUGUAAAAUUUCCCCCAGGAGUUUAAAAAAAAUCCACACACGGUGAACCACUGCAGAAGGACAUUGAGAACAACAAAUGAAAUGUACCAUUUUCUGGUGUUAAAUAAAUUGUAAAAAGUGUGAUGUGUCCUCUUGUUCUAAAUUCUUGAAAAAACACCCAAAAAUGUGGCUCAUAUAUGUGACCCAAUAACAGGACGAAGACAACGAAACUCACAUUCAUUUGAAUUCCUUUAUGGCUACCUCAUACAAGAAGUCACCCCAAUUUUUCUUAAACAGGAGGGUAUAUUUUACACAACAAGUCUAUUGGGGGGCGGGGAAUCGACAAUGAUCAAAGGUGCUAUUAUCAACUCAAUGAGGUCCAGAGUUGAUAGGAAAAUUAUCACUAUUAUAUUGUAAUUAUUGCCACUAAUGCCUGCAGAACCUUUGGUGCUAAGUAAAUUGACUAAUUGUCUUGUUGUCUAUGCAGUGCAAUUGCUUUCUUCUUAAGUGCUGGUUCAAUGACAGAGGUCCUUUGAAAGCUAUUACUGCGGACGUAAUGCAUGCAAUCAUGUCUUUGUAGAUAUGGGGGAAAGAAAAUCAAGUAAUUCUGGUUAAAAAAAAGUCAUUUCCUUGCCUUGUGUUCAGCGUUGAUUCUUAUGUCUGUUUGACCCUGUGGAUAAUUCCUCUUCACUAAAACAGCACACAUCUCCCACCACUUUGUCUAUGUUGUUUGUUGAGUUCUUUUUUUUCGCGAAAGGUUUCUUAAAAAAAAAGAGAGAAAGAAAAGAGUAAAAAAGUAAAACGGAAGCAGACCCACUUUCAUGGUAUAAAGGAGAGAUUCUGUACUUAUUUUGUACAUGUAUAAUAAAUCGAGAUGUUUUUAAUUAUUGUGGAUGCUGAAAUAAAGCAUAUGAAGUGGUCUACUCAA